AUGUAAGCCUUGAUAUAAUUUUAUCUUAAUAAAUUAUACAAGAAAUCUAUUUAUGGAGUGUUAAGUUUAGGAGUCAUAGGGUUCAUAGGCGCUAUAAUAGUAGUUUCAUCGAAUAUAAGGAAAUAAAAAUCAAAAUAGCAUUCUCUUGAUUAAUUUUAAUCAAAUGAAUAAUCUCUUUAAGGAACAAUAUUUAAUAAAUUGGAUAAAUGCUCAUUGUCUAAUUUAGAAGAUGUUAUAACUUUAAACACAUCAAUAAAGCUUGAAAUUGAUUUUAAACAAUAAUAACUAAUUGGAAAAGUGAUUUUAUAGAUGAAGGCCAUUAAGGAUAUUAAUAAAGUAUUAUUAGAUGCUAAAAUGUUGAAUGUUCAACAAGUGAAUGUAAAUAAUUAAAACUCUCUAUUUAAUUAUAAAUAAUUAGUAGUUAAUGAGUUAGGAGAUCAAUUAGAAAUAAAUACUUAAAAAUAAGCAAAUGAAGAAUUUCAGAUUGAAAUCACUUAUUCAACUUUAUAAAAUAUGCAUAAUGAAUAAGUUGCUUUGAAUUGGCUUUAACCAUCAUAAACUUUUGGUAAUAAGCAUCCCUUUUUAUUUACAUAAUCAGAACCUAUAUAUGCAAGAUCAUUAGUAUAUCUUAUAAUUAAUAAGUUAGUUUCCUUGUUAAGAUAGUCCAUCAAUGAAAUCAACUUUCGAUAUUGAAUUGAUAGUUCCUGCUCCUUUAAAAGCAUAUGGAUCAGGAUUGAUAGUCAAAGAAACUAUUUAAGGAGACAAGAAUAUAUUCUAAUUUCAUUAGCCUGUUGCAAUACCUGCAUAUCUAUUUGCCAUUUGUGCUGGAGAUUUAGAGAAAAAAAAAAUCAGCUAAAGAACAUUUGUAAUAUCAGAGCCUAUUUUAAUCAAUAAAUGUGUUUAUGAAUUCUCUGAUAUGGAAAAAUAUCUAUCAAAAAUUGAAGAGUAUUUAACACCUUAUAAAUGGAAUGAAUAUACUGUUGUUGUAUUACCAAAGGCCUUUCCUUUUGGUGGAAUGGAAAAUCCAAAUUUGACAUUUUUAUCACCCUCUUUAAUAGUGGGGGAUAAAAGUGAAACUGCAGUUGUCAUACAUGAGAUGAUACAUUCUUGGUCUGGAAAUAGUAUGACAUGUUAAAAUUGGGAAUGUUUUUGGUUGAAUGAGGGUAUCACUACUUUUAUUGAAAAUAAAAUGGUUGGCAAGAUUUUCGGAUAAGAUCAANUGUAAGCCUUGAUAUAAUUUUAUCUUAAUAAAUUAUACAAGAAAUCUAUUUAUGGAGUGUUAAGUUUAGGAGUCAUAGGGUUCAUAGGCGCUAUAAUAGUAGUUUCAUCGAAUAUAAGGAAAUAAAAAUCAAAAUAGCAUUCUCUUGAUUAAUUUUAAUCAAAUGAAUAAUCUCUUUAAGGAACAAUAUUUAAUAAAUUGGAUAAAUGCUCAUUGUCUAAUUUAGAAGAUGUUAUAACUUUAAACACAUCAAUAAAGCUUGAAAUUGAUUUUAAACAAUAAUAACUAAUUGGAAAAGUGAUUUUAUAGAUGAAGGCCAUUAAGGAUAUUAAUAAAGUAUUAUUAGAUGCUAAAAUGUUGAAUGUUCAACAAGUGAAUGUAAAUAAUUAAAACUCUCUAUUUAAUUAUAAAUAAUUAGUAGUUAAUGAGUUAGGAGAUCAAUUAGAAAUAAAUACUUAAAAAUAAGCAAAUGAAGAAUUUCAGAUUGAAAUCACUUAUUCAACUUUAUAAAAUAUGCAUAAUGAAUAAGUUGCUUUGAAUUGGCUUUAACCAUCAUAAACUUUUGGUAAUAAGCAUCCCUUUUUAUUUACAUAAUCAGAACCUAUAUAUGCAAGAUCAUUAGUAUAUCUUAUAAUUAAUAAGUUAGUUUCCUUGUUAAGAUAGUCCAUCAAUGAAAUCAACUUUCGAUAUUGAAUUGAUAGUUCCUGCUCCUUUAAAAGCAUAUGGAUCAGGAUUGAUAGUCAAAGAAACUAUUUAAGGAGACAAGAAUAUAUUCUAAUUUCAUUAGCCUGUUGCAAUACCUGCAUAUCUAUUUGCCAUUUGUGCUGGAGAUUUAGAGAAAAAAAAAAUCAGCUAAAGAACAUUUGUAAUAUCAGAGCCUAUUUUAAUCAAUAAAUGUGUUUAUGAAUUCUCUGAUAUGGAAAAAUAUCUAUCAAAAAUUGAAGAGUAUUUAACACCUUAUAAAUGGAAUGAAUAUACUGUUGUUGUAUUACCAAAGGCCUUUCCUUUUGGUGGAAUGGAAAAUCCAAAUUUGACAUUUUUAUCACCCUCUUUAAUAGUGGGGGAUAAAAGUGAAACUGCAGUUGUCAUACAUGAGAUGAUACAUUCUUGGUCUGGAAAUAGUAUGACAUGUUAAAAUUGGGAAUGUUUUUGGUUGAAUGAGGGUAUCACUACUUUUAUUGAAAAUAAAAUGGUUGGCAAGAUUUUCGGAUAAGAUCAAUAAACAUUACAUGGUCUGUUAGGAGUACUGACUAUAAUUAUUCUUAGGAUAAUGAUUUAUAGAAGAGUAUUAAUAAUUUUGGUGCUGAUCAUACAUAUACAUCUUUAUCUCCAAAAAUUGACUAAUAAAAUCCUGAUGAUUGUUUUUCUGCAAUUCCUUAUGAAAAAGGUUGUUAAUUUUUAAGAUUUGUUGAAUCUUAAAUUGGAGAAGUGAAAUUCUAAUAGUUUAUAAGACUAGUAGUAUCUUAGAAUACAUUAAAUUCAGAUUAAUUUAGAAUUCUUUUAAGGCAAUUCCUUCUUGAAAAUAAUAUAUAAGGAGUAGAUCUUUAAUGGUAAUAAUGGAUUAUUGAUCCUGGUUUACCAAAAGAUAGAUUAAAAAUAGAUGAAUAAUUUAAUAAAAAAUAUUAAAAUUUAGCAGAUAAUCUAUAUGAAAAUACUUUGUCAUUGGAAGAUUUCUAAAAAUUACAUUCAAAUGAAAAAUGCUACGUUUUGGAUUUAUUAGGAAAUAAAAAGAUUGAUUAAAAUAAAUUAAAGAAUUUGGAAGAGGAGUAUUAAUUAUUUGACUCUAAUAAUCCUGAAAUUUUACAUAGAAUUCUAAUUUAUGGAAUUGAGUGCAGUUAUCCUAGUGCUUUAGGGUAAUAUAUAAUUAUUAUUAAUUUAGUGAUAAAUUAAGUAAUUUUUUAAGUAUGAAUGGUAGAAUGAAGUUCAUAAAUCCUGUAUAUAGAGUAUUGGCUGAAAAACAACCAGAUUUAGGAUUUAGAAUAUUCAAUUUAUGCAAAAAUAGUUAUCAUAGUAUAGCUGUAGCGUAAAUAUAAAAGAUGUUUUAGAAAUGA